AUGGAACAGCGAAUAUCUCCAGUUUCACGCGGACACCAAGAUUCUUCAGCGGCACCCUGGAUGGUCAGAGUUACCACUCACCGCCUUCGAAAAUUGGCGGUACAGCUGGACUCAAGAGCUAUCAACUGGAUUUCCCAACAGUCAGGCCAGUUGAACCCCAGCAUUCGCUUUGAUUUUGAGUAGAUGGUUGCUCCGUUGCCGUGCAUGAGCUCGGUCAAUGAACAUCAAACGCCGAUGACAUCGCUGAACUCACGUAAACAUUGGCAGGCUUCCUAUGAUACUGUCCGCCUGAGAUCUAGUCACACCCUUUCGACGAAAACAGGACGUCGAGGUCCCACGCUCACGCGUCAAUUACCCCUUACGUUGGUACUCACGAUUGAUUGCCAGACCUGGGCUUCAUAGUGCUCGAACAGCGAGAUUUGUUCCGUGAGUAUUGCCUCUCUCAGACUGGCCAAUAUGUUGGUAGUUGCGGCAGCAGUACAUGGUGCGUGCCAUC